ACGGUGGAAUGGAUUAUGGCAGAGGUGCUACGCAACCCAGAUAAAUUGGUAAAAUCAAGAAAAGAGUUAUCUCAAACAGUUGGAAAAUAUGUAACAGUGGUGAAGGAAACUCUUCGCUUGCAUCCGCCAGGUCCACUUUUAGUACCCCAUAAGUGUGAUGAAAUGGUAAGCAUAUCUAGCUUCAAUGUGCCUAAAAAUGCACAAAUCUUGGUCAAUGUGUGGGCCAUGGGAAGAGAUCCAACCAUUUGGGAGAAUCCAACAAUUUUUAUGCCUGAAAGAUUUUUGAAGUGUGAGGUUGAUUUUAAAGGUCAUGAUUUUGAGCUCAUACCCUAUGGGGCAGGCAAAAGGAUAUGCCCUGGAUUGCCAUUAGCUCACAGGACAAUGCAUCUAAUAGUAGCAUCCCUUGUACACAACUUUGAAUGGAAGCUAGCUGAUGGGUUAAUGCCAGAACACAUAAGCAUGAAGGACCAAUUCGGGUUAACCUUGAAGAAGGUCCAACCUCUUCGAGUUCAACCUAUUCCAAUCAAGCACGACUAAUUAUAUAUAGUAAUGCUAUGAAGAGGGAUUUAUAUAUGAGUAUAUGAUGACUAUGCUAUGUAUUCAUUAACAGUGUUUUAUAACAAUUUACUUAUGAAGGUCCUGGAAGGUGAGGCUUGGGCCUUAUGGUCUUCGCUUAACUUUGCCUCAGACCUGUGCC